AUGACGAUGGUCAUUGACAACCAGGGUCGACAUUACGGAGGAAUGGGUUACGAUCACAUGUACCCAAACAUGCAAAGUACACCUCAAUUCAGCGACCCAUGGUCCCAUCAGACCAGCACCUCCGGCUCAUCAUUCCCGGCGCUCUCAAAAACAGACAAUACGCGAUCAGGGAUGUCCUUGCCUUAUUCCCACAUGCCGCCGGUCUCUGGAACAAUGGCUCAAGGUAGCCCCUACUCCAGUACUGGAUUUUCUGGCACGGAUUUGCUAAGCCUCCCUCAAGACAUUCCACGCUCAACCUUUGGUGAGCAGUCUUACUCGACUUCCUCGGCCGCCCCCGCCGCGUCAUACGCGCCUUCAUACUCUGGCCUGAGCUAUGCUCAGUCAUUGCAUCAACAACAGCAGCAACAGCAGCAGCAACAACAUCAACAUCGGAAGAUGUCCGACACGAUCGACAACUCCAGAGCCGCAACCGCUAGUUUCGGGGAGCUUGAUGCUUCCCGAGGCAUGCUGGCGCUCAGUCACCAGAGCCUUCAAGACUUGACCCCUCGCAACAUCUAUGAAGCCCGGGCUCAAAGAGCUUCGAAUGAUUCAUAUGGUUUCCCGCACACCUCAUCCAGUCAUUCGUCCAUCUCGAACGAAUCUGGCCGAGGGUAUCCCUAUUACGCGGCAAGCUCGGUCGGCUCAGUAACCGAUUCUGCCACGGAUUACAGUUCCGCAGCCUCGGAUACUGGAUACGAAUCCAUGGCCGCAUCUCGCACACUGCCACGCCCGACUCAAAUGCUAGGUGCGCCUCUUGGACCACCAGCUCCGCAGUCGAUGAUGGGGCAAUUCUCGUCCAAAAUGUCCGCCAACACACAGAAGAAGCACAAGUGCAAAGUCUGUGACAAGCGCUUCACUCGGCCAAGCUCUCUACAAACACACAUGUACAGCCACACCGGCGAGAAACCCUUCGCCUGCGACGUGGAGGGCUGUGGGCGGCAUUUUUCAGUCGUGUCCAACUUGCGCCGGCACAAGAAGGUGCACAAAGGAGAUUCCACCUCAACCGCCAGCCAGUCGGAUGUGGAGGCCUGA